AUGUCGGCGGCUCGAAAAGUGUUCCACUGUGCUGUGGACGACACCGUCUUGACCACCAAUGUCAGCGAAAUUAAGCGAUGGGCUUCCAACGGAGCUAUCACACUGUUUGUUCCGCUCUAUACUCUCGAGCGUCUUCAGGCACCAAAGCGCGGUGGUUCUCAGGUCGCUAUCAACUCUCGCGAAGCCGUUCGUUUUCUCGAUCGCGUCACAUCCGGCAAAGACACCAUUCCAGCAGACCGAAUCGUCCUCCAAGGACCUAUGGAGCAGUAUGACAACUGGGCAGAUGCGGAGCAAUUUUUUCUCCCGGAGUUUGAAGAAGAGAUUGACGAAUACGCCCCGACCGAUGGCGAUAUCACUACACCUAGGACUGAUGAUGCGAAAGCGAAUGGCGUUUCAACAAAGCCGGAACCCGAACAGAAGGGACCUGGAUUACCCGGCUUGCCAAGCGAUCUAUCCCAAAUGCUGUUGAGCAAGCUGAACUUCAAGGGACCGGCUGCGGUUGGUGCUCAGAAUGACAUCAAGUCCUCCGUUUCAAUCCCAUCGGUUGGUACUCAAAGCGACGAGGGAUCGCGAGCAUCGUCCCGCAGCUCUCAAACUAGCCCGGAAUUUGCGGACCGAAAUGCCAAACGUGGCCACAAUCGUUCGACUUCGACUUCUUCAAACACACCGCCAACUCCUACAGUGCUGCGACCAUUGUUAAGCGCGUUGUUAUGGCGUCUACAUCAUGACGAGGGAUCUAUAGGCGUUCCACAAAACCUUACACUAAUCAGCAACGAUCGCGACACCCAGGUUUGGGCCCAAAAGUUUGGGAUCACGACCAAGAAUAUCCAUCAGCUCCGAACCGCCAUUCAGUAUGAAGAGAAAGAAUUCAAGAACCGUGUCAAAUAUGCCGAAAAAACGCAACACGUUGCUCCAUCGCCAAAGCCGCUUUUCUCCUAUGAAAACGACAGCGAGGAGGAUGAGUUAGUAUUUGUUCCUCGUGGGAGAGGCAAAGGUGCGGGUCGUGGCAGUGGAAGCCGAGGCGCAAAUGGUCGCAAGACGCGAGCAGCUACGGUUGCAGCCAUUGCCCAGGCUGAUACUACCGUUGAAGUACCUUCGCAGCCAAUAGAUCCGGACUCUUUUAGCCGGUCAAUUGGCGCUACAAUGACUGUCAAGCAGCCUUCUCUUGAUUUGAGCUCUCAAACAGUGGCUUCUCGUGGUCUAGCUGCUGCCUCUAGGCGUCAUGGCGAUGAUCAUGGUCAUGGCCAGACCAAUGGUGGCAACGGUAGUAGCAGUCGUCGUCGUCAGCGCGGUACCGGAAACUCUCGAGCAAAUACUUCCUCUCGUGGUGGACGUGGACAAGGAAAGUUAUGGGUUCCUUAA